AUCUAUUCAUAACAUUCAUAUAUGCGAAAUCGUACAAGACGAGGCACCGUAAUAUAAGGUAAUUUCAUUGUAAACAUGCGAAUCAGCACAACCAAUGUAUGCCUAUGCAUUAGAAAACCUGGUGCCUCAAGGGUCAACCUUCACUGCCCUAAUAUACUGGGGAUCAAUUCUGGGCAAUGUAGCAACUCUUGUAUGGACACCCCUGAAACCAAAAAAUAACACAUAUCCAUGUCCAGAGACCGCCAUCGUUUACAUAUGGGCUUUUUGUAAUUGAUUCGUGAUUGUUUGUCAGAAAACUUGGUACCUGAUCCAUCAAUAAUUUUGAAAAAAUCUUAAAUGAGCUUUCUCAGAUGUGACACCGUCCACUAGGAACGAACAAAUAAGCGUACACAAAGUCAGAGUACCCUAAAAGUACAUUUACACAUUUACAGAUUGUCGGAAGCGCUGUAAAG